GCGAUUCCAAAAAAUAUCAAAAACAAAGAAAUGCUAAGAAUUAAAGUCGCAUAAGUUAAUUAAGUAUUUAACUGGAACCUGUGUCAAUUAUAGUGUAAAAUUCUCAAAAAAAUGUGGUAGAGCCCAGAAGAAUCGCAAGAACUGAUAUUAGAUUAAGCAAGAUGAGUAGUGGUGAUAUAAUAGAAGGAAAGCUUGUCGUUCUCGGAAAACAAGGUGUUGGCAAGACAAGUCUGGUAUCGAAAUAUGUCUCGAACGUGUGUUCUAAUAUUUCGCCAACAAUCGGAGCCACAUUCAUGACAAUUAGCCUUAAUAUAGAUGACAUUAAAGUACGACUGCAAAUUUGGGAUACAGCUGGACAGGAAAGAUUCCGAUCCAUGGCACCUCUCUAUUACAGGAAUGCAAAUGCUGCCAUACUUGUUUUCGACAUUACCAUAUAUGCCACAUUUCUCGAUGUAAAGUCAUGGGUUUUGGAAUUGCAGAAAAAUGUGCAUGGUUCCAUGACGCUGGCACUCGUUGGAAACAAGAUUGACCUAGAAGAAAAUAGAAUGGUUUCAAGAGAAGAGGCAACAUUGUAUGCAAACAGUUUGGGCGCUGCGUACUUUGAAACAUCCACUGUGAAAGACUGUAACAUAGAAGCAAUCUUUGUGAAUAUUGCGUUGGGAACGAUGAAAAUGUGCGGACGCAAACCCAGUGUAGAAAAUGGAUUUAGUUCGCAAAUGGGAGCAGUGCAGUUGGCAGAGGAAACUUUCAAUGGUCUGACGACCGGAAUCGGAAUACUGGAAGAACCAUCAUGGUCGCGCGAUAAUAUUGCACAUGGAGAGAGUAAACAUUUAGGCUGGUGUUGCUUUUAAAACAACAAUUUUCGUUCAUAUAAAUAUAUUUAUUUAUUAGUGUAAAAAUGCAGAAGAAAAAUCUCAUGGAAACCAAAAAGCAUCUGACAUACAAGCAAGAUUAUUUUUAUAGUAUUUAUGCUUCAUAUCAUCAUCGAAUAAAUCAAACUCAUAGCUUUA